AUGGAACUGCAGCGUUCGUUAAUAAAAGAAGUGGAAAAAGAACAAAUCAUGUCGUCGAAUACACCAAUCCAAGGAGCGAAUGCUGAACAAAAAUUACAGAAUCCUACAUCUCCGAAAAAAAUAUGGAUGAAAAGACAUAUAAUGGAUCAGAUGUAUGGAAAGCGGCGUGAAUAUUCGGAAUGCAACAAAACUUUCUCACAAUCAUCCGAUUUGCAAAAGAAUUUGAUAAAUCGUACCGGCGAAAAACAGGACUAUUGUUCAGAAUGUAGAAAACUCUCCACUUGUUCAUCAAAUUCGCAAACUGAUAUUUUGACCCAUAUGUGUGGAAAGCCGCACGGUUGUCCAAAAUGCAAAAAAAUUUUCGUUCAAUUAUCGAGUUUAAAUAGACAUGGGAGAAUUCAUACCGAUGAAAAGCCGUACAAUUGUUCAGAAUGUGGAAAACGUUUCGCUCAUUUAUCGGUUUUUAAAACACAUAUGAGGAUUCAUACCGAUGAAAAGCCGUACAAUUGUUCAGAGUGUGGAAAACGUUUCGCUCAAUUAUCGAAUUUGAAUAGACAUAUGAGGAUUCAUACCGGUGAAAAGCCGCACAAUUGUUCGGAAUGUGGAAAACGAUUCGGUCAUUUAUCGGCUUUUAAAACACAUAUGAGAAUUCAUACCGGUGAAAAGCCGUACAAUUGUUCAGAAUGUGGAAAACAUUUUUCUGAUCCAUCAGCUUAUAAAAAACACACGCGGAUUCACACCGGUGAAAAACCGCACGGUUGUUCCGUAUGCGAGAAAAGAUCUUCUCGAAAAAGUGUUUUGAAUAGGCACAUGACAACUCAUCGCAAAGAGAAUUCCUCAUUCAAUUGGAUUGCAUGCAACCAAAGCAAUUCAUUAUGA